AACAAAAAUAAAUGUUUUUGAUUUUGUAUACAACCAACCUACAAUAAAAACUAUUUUGUGUUUGUGUCGCUAAAUUUUAAAACAAUUAAAAAUGGUUUGUUGUGUUGUUGGUUGUCCAAACAAAUUAAACAUACAGAGAAAAUGUUUUACAUUUCCAAGGACAAGUUAUAAAUCAAGAGAGCUAUAUGAAUUAGCUAAGCGAAGACUAAGUGCUUGGAUAAAGGCACUUCGGAUAACUUCAGCAACUAUUGAAAUUCUUUAUCUUCAAAGAGUCUGUUUCAGACACUUCAUCAAAGGACGUCCAGCUUCAUUAACAGACGAGAGCAAUCCCGACUGGAUUCCAAGCAGAUUUUUGGGUGUUGGCGCUAAUAGAGUUUGUGAAAUUGCUUUGAAAAGAAAAUGUAACUUAUCAAAAAAGCACGCUCAAAUUAUACAUUCCAAUUUACACGUCCCCGAAUCAAUACAAAUAAGUGAAACCCUAGAAGAAUCACUGGAAAUUGGUGAAAAUGAAAGAUUUGGCGGAGACGGAAUUGACUAUGAUGAGCCGAAUAUGGAAUUCGUUCCUGUUGCAAGUACGUCAAAAGUCCGUCCUUUUCUGAACACUUGCCAAAAUGAUUCUACUUCCCAAUCGGGUGUUGAAAAAAAGAUUCCGAAACCAAUAAGAAGGAUCACCAAGAACAGGGAGUUAGGUGUUAAAAAAAGCAUUGCAGACAGCAAUAAAGUGUAUAUUCCUGCGAACUCAUGCUCCCUAGAGCAAACCAUAAAACAAAAUCAAAUCUAUCUUCAAACACUCAAAAGAGAACUAAAAAACAAAGAAGAAAUAAUAGAAAUGUAUGAAAAGAAACGAAAAGAUUUUGAAACAAGGCACAACGCGAGUACGUAUUCUUACGAGACAUCAAUCAAAGAAUUAGAACUCAAAGUAAAAGAACUCAAAACCAAGCUUCGUAUUCAUGAUGUUUCAUUUGAAGCUCUGCAGAAUGACAAUGAAAAAGUUCUAAAUCUUACCGGUUUGCCAAAUUUUGAAUUGCUUAACAAAUUGUAUGAAGUGAUUGAAGGAGAUUUAAACGAAAACUCCAAAACAAGAUUAAAGAAAUUCGACUCGUUUGUUAUAAGCCUCAUGAAGCUGCGGAUGGAUUUGCCAAUAUCAUAUUUAUCGUAUGUCUUUGGCAUGUCACCCUUAACAAUAUCAAGAUUCUACCGUGAUAGUCUAGCGAUAAUGAACUUAAAAUUAGGACCACUUGUAAAAUGGCCAGAUGAUGAGGCGUUAUUGGCGAGCACGCCGAGUUGUUUUAAGGAAAUUAUGGGAAAUAAGUGUAUUGUUUUGAUACAUUUUUUGGAAGUCCUAAUUAAAAAUCUAAAACCCCCAGUAAAAGGACUUCAAAGUGUAAAUCAUACAAUCAGGUAUUUGAUCGCAUUUACUCCAGUUGGUGAAAUAAUUUAUGUAUCUAAAGGCUUCUUGAGUAGUGUCACAAACGAGAGCAUAAUUGAAAAAUCUGGAUUUUUUGAUAAAAUCACCGAACAACAUAUUGUUCUAUCAGUUAAGGAUAUGUUUGAAGAAAGCCAAAAAGACAAUGAACAAAUACAAAGUAUUAAACAUAUGGCUAAGAAAACCGAGGACAAAGUUCUUGAUAUGUUAAAAGAUAAUUUUAAAAUUCUAUUCAAUCGACAGCCAGUCAAUGGACACGGAGAAAUUUACUCAGAAUUUACAGUGAGAUGUUGUUGUGCAUUGGCAAAUUUAUUAGUGCCUGAAUUGUUGGAUAGUGAUGGGAAAGAAAUUGAAGAGACUGUUGUUGUUAUUUCAGAUGAACAAGAAGACACGAUAUUAUAGACAUUGGUAUAUAUUUUAUUAUCAAUAAAGUCAAAAUCAAUAACUCG